AUGGCAAGUAUGAGUGUGGAAGCUGGAUCGAAUGUUCAUGUGUACAUCCGUCUACUGCACCCAUGCACGCCAGGUCUUCCACAGUCGUUAACUACGGCAUGUCGUGCAGUCAACGAUGAUGAGGAGGAAGAGGAAAAGGAACUGGCGAUAGAAGUUGGAAAGACCGCUUGCCCAAAUGGUGUCCCAUAUCUCGUAUUACCCAACUCUGUGCGAAUGCAAGGAAGUGGUACAAACAUUCUCUUCCAGAGCGGUUGCAUUGAUGGUAACAAAACUACAGCAACGUUGGGCGAGGCUGCCUGGGAAGAGUUGUGGCGUACGGGAUCAUUUUGGUAUCUGUACUGUGUCUCGCCUCACACUCCUUCUGAAGGACCGCAUGAGACACAGGAUUCGAUGCUGCAGUACAUGGUGGAGCGCAUCGUUAAUGUUGCAUCUCCCCUAACGGCUACUGUUUUGCUGUGGACAGAGGGUAGUGGGUCACUGCUAGGUUCAACGUACACGCCAUCGUGGCGGCGUUGCAGCAAAAGAGUUUACGAAUUGACGGAUUGUGACACUUUGUUAAGAUUGGUAAAUAUGAGUCUUCUGGAUUCUGACGAGGAGGCGACUUCAUUCCGUUUUUCUUUGGUGAGUGUCGCCUUCACCGACCCGGAUUCAGGGCGCACAUAUGAAAUUGUGGUCGCUACUGUCCACGCUCGCUUUGAUGUACUUUCAACAAGGACAUCCAACUCCCUCGUCGCGGUACGCAAUUGGUUCGCCAACAUUGCGUGGAUGCCGGCAGGACAAACGUUGGGGAAGCAGAACGACGAGGGUGCUGUCCAUGAGAUGGAGGCAUGGGCAGCAGGUCUGCUGCCCACUGAGGUGACCAACUUUAUUUUCACCCACCUCUACAACCCCGUGGAGGAUGAAGGUUUCCAGUUCACCCGUCCACUGCCGCCACGAAUAGUGUACGCCAUUUUGGAAAUACACGGGGAUGCUCCUAGCGUGGGUGAUAGAGAGUGGCACAGUGACGAGAGUGCACAAGCUGCAAUGCUUCGGUACCUAGAGUUCUGGUCUUCAUUGGGGGCACUUGUGUUGGAAGACGAUGACAACACCACCACUCUUUUUCAAAGAAAGGCCACUAACAGAGGCCUUGAAGGUGUGUCGUGCGAAAUGUUAAAUGACGCCAAACAGUGGCUGCUAUUUCUUCUCGCAAAUCCUGCAAUGGCUCCCCAACUGAUGGAGGAGUGGGACAGCGCAACAAAAGACGAUAGAGGUAAUGUAAGCGCUGGAAACAGGCUUCUUGUUGCCCUUGAACACAUGCAUCGUGUGGUACAGCGGGCGAGACAGAAGGGAAUGCAGCGAAGGGUGAGGAAUCUUCUGCGAUCGGAUUCCAUCCACGGUGCGCCUCCAUCAAGUCAGAGCUCGCGAAUCACCCAAAUAGUCGACCGUUUUGGCGUCGAAAAUCAGGCUCUGAUGUGGUGUCAGCGGCUUGAGUGGAAGUACUACACCAUGCUCUCUGGUUUCCUCAGUGAAGUUCAGCGCUCAACACGCAAUGACGUUGCACCAUCUCCGCCACCACAGUUGCAGCAGCAACAACCUGUAGAACAUGUGGACUCGGCCCACAAGAAGGAAGAGGACACAAUACACUCAGAGGGGCCAGUCCAACGAAACGACUCGAAGUCUCCUGUUGUUGUUGCUUCUGCCACAGAAAAGGAGUCGGGGACAUCAUCAAUCACCUCACAUAACUCUAACCAGUCAGUGAUAUGCCACCCAGUGCGAGUUGUGACUCAUCACACUUCAGCACCGCUGUUUGACCCUGUGAGGCGUUUAUUGGAAGCAGAGGCUGUCAGACGGAUUCAUAUAAAGCUCAACGCCGCACAGUCGUUACAAGCAUUUCUGUUCUCAAGUGUGCAUGGUAUGCGGUGCUGCUAUGGGCAAUUAGCGGCUUCACUGGAUUCUUUAACUAGUGCACAGCGAGACAUUGAGGGUCUACGGCAUAGUGAAUCACUUGUGUUUCAUCGCGACCUCCUCACUUUUCAGAGCUUGGUGCACUGCUGUAUGUAUGCUGCGGAUGUACUCCUGCGGCGAUUGUUGGAGGGGUUUCAGCUCAAAUUAGAGUGGUUCACAGAGGCGCUUACGCAUUUACGUCAACAGGACAAGACUGACAGAUGUCGUAAGCAUUCCACCUCGUGUGAUGCCGCCGUACAGAUUCCUGCUCCUAUGCUGCUUGGAAAUGCGCUGAAUCAGGGGUAUGGCGACCAUAGUGACUUAAAGCAAUUUUUGCCCAUAGUGAACGAAGCGCUUCACCAGCCUGGGCUCGAGGAAGUUUCUUCCUCCACUAAUUCGGUCUACAUGCCGGACAACAAGAGUGUGGCGUCUCAGGAGAAAGUUGCUGAGGAUGUAGAAUUUCCAGAAGAGUCUGAAGUGCGCCCAGAGGAUUUGCUACCGCCCCCGGCUGUGACGACAAGAGCAGAAGCGACCACAAAAGCAACAUCUACCACCACGUCGAAGGGGAAAGGCGGUCAUGAGACUAUAGGGGCAAAUGGGGCGCCAGCAUCAGAAGUGGUAGAGAACGAGAAGGAGGAAAAGAAAAUAAGGUACGCUCGGCGCCACCCAGUGGAGAACUGUAUUGAAAAUGAUAGGCGUGUCAAGGGUGGUGUGGCUCCUUCGGUGCGGUUCCACCGCCUUCGUCGUCUCAGUGCAAGCGUUCCUCUACGCCAAUCUUGCUUUCGGCAUCUACUCUCCACAGGGCGUAGCGUAGGUGUUGACAAGCAGCAAAACGGUGGCAAACUACCCGCACUAAGUUUUGAUGAUAUUAAAAAGGAGCGGGAGCACUGGAAUACGGCAGGUGACCUCGAUGACUACCGAAGGUUGCUGGCGUAUAGUGUGUACGUGGUUGGUGAGGCAAGGUGUGGCAAGUCAAGCCUACUGCACCGCCUCUCGCGUGACACGCCCUCUUCAUCUGCCAGGCCCCCAACGGUGGCGCCCCACACAAUGACGAUGAAGCGCGUCUCAGCAAUUGUCGAUGUGCCCUUGUGGAGGGGCCCUCUUCCGUUGGGAGGGUGCAGCAAUGUUGUGUUCUCCGAUGUGCAGGAAUGGAUGAGUAUUACCUCAGAGGUGUGCGAGGCGCAGACCUGUCGUGUCGGGGUGAACUUUGUGGAGAUGCCAGGUCCGUUUUUGUUAGCAGCCAGCAUGGGGCAUGUGAAGCUUCCGAUCCGGGGCGCCGUGUACUAUAUUGUAUACCGAAUGCAAGACAGCUUGGAUGCGAUACAACACUCAAUAUGGAAGCAUGUGGUCAGGCUACAAUCAGCUGUGGCGCUUCCGAGUUCACACGUUGUUGACCUUAUGAAGAGCGACGCUGACGCAGCAGGGGAUAUACGCAUGACAUCACUCCCCUUACCGGUGGUACUGGUAGGCACACACGCUGAUCUCAUGCCCGAAUUGAUUUUGACAGAGCAGCAAGACGCGGCGCAGAAGCGACUGUGUGAGAUAACCCGCUGGUUUGAGCAGCAGAUUGAGUGGCAGACAGAAACGGCAGGGGACAGUGUACCGCGGCCCCUGCUUGUAGACGCGUGCCUCACCAGUGCGUGCAACAGUUUGGUUAUUAGUAAAGGCCUUGAUGGGGCAAUUUCUAUUCCGGUUUUCCUUCAGCGCACGCUGCAGUUUCUCCAUCACACCGCGCCACUGAGUCCACUUCAUGUUUUGGCACGAUGGCUUCCACGGCGCUUCAUCGCUGAGGAAGUACUUAAAAAAGGUCACAUGCAUGACGGUGCAGAAGCUGUACCCACUGCAAAAGAUGGCUGCAAUACUGCGGAUCAUACACUCGAAGGAUUUUGGGCAGCACAGUGCCUCCACCACAGCCGCGGCCACGAGCUACGUGAUAAUGGGGAGGCUGGAAACCAGCAGCAGCAGCAGCAGCAGCGAGAUGGCAACGCUUCGCUCCCAAGUUCUUCGCAAACCCUGGUAGAGUGGUGGAGGGGCAGCUUGGAAGGUCUCCUUGUUCUCUUCACCGCACUGCAACGUCUGCGCCAAUACAUUUCGUGCUCCUUCGAAGAGCAGUCCCUGGACAACGCGGUGCUGUACCACCUGGGGUUUGCCCGCUCCGAUGAUCCCGAUGAGACAUCAACGGACGCCGAAGUGGAAUUAAGUCUCCGGGAAAGAGAUGUGUUUCUUGAGUCUCUAUUUGAAGAGUGUCGUCUGCGCGGUGUAUUGCUGUUUCUCCCGUUCCAAUCGCUCUCCCAGGUGCCAGAAAGUAGUUGCGGGGGUGCAGCACAACUUGCAAGUUGUCAAGCAUUCACCACGGGGGACGUGAAUCGACCGCUGUGCAUGGUGACGGUCGGUCCCGAGUGGGUAGAGCACCUCUGGGCACAGACGUUGGCACCGCGGAUGGUGGUACACCACGCCGUGUCGGCUCUGCAGGAAGCCGGCAUUGGGCUCAGAGACGCUUUGAUGGGUGUUCUUGAGCAGUGUGUGGAGCAGCUUGGAUACACAUUUCCCAUUGCGUGCUUUGCCGCGGUGUGGCCUCAGAUUGCAGAGUCUGCGUCCGAGGACGCCACGGAAAGCAGUGCUGACAAUAUCGAUAAGAUGCAGGGAUAUUUUUUCCUUUAUUUCAAGAAGGGGUUUGUCUCAAUUGCGCUUCUGCAGCUAUUGUGGCGAUCGCCCUACGCAGCCCUCGCCACUCACGAGACUAAUGCGGCAACGGGCUUGAUGGCAUGUGGAUUGAUAUGCGAAGGGCAAACACUGGAGAAGGAAGAGGUGGAGGAGGGGGAAGAAGUAGGUAUGAUGAAGAGUGGUAUUACGGGCUUCCACGUGCCGUGCACUGUAUUGACAGCUAAUGAAGAUUUGUAG